CAGUAACAGUUUGAUAUGGUGUGUUUAGUGUCGUUUCUGUAUUUGCUGACAUGCGCCGUGGGUCUUGCACAGCGUAUGCCAGGCAUACCGCAAAACAGAGCGCCGGUCAGACAGCGACCCGCACCGUUUCCGGGGUUUCUUCCGGGACCACUAACGGGGCCACUUUCGGGACCACUAACGGGACCACCUUUAGGACUUAGAGCUGGACCGGAUCCCGGCCGGCCUUUUGUUACCGGUUCGAGCCUCGUGUAUGCCACGUGCUACUUCAAUGACUCGUACACUCCCAUCAAGGGUCGCGUGGACUUCAUGCAGGACAUGCAGAUGACCCCUCCACGCAUGCAGGUGCGCGUUCAGGCGUGGGGUCUCCCCGAAAGUACGAUGAACGAUGCCGAGCACGCGAUGCACGUGCAUCAGUGGGGCGACACCACGCGGAACUGCUACAGCGCUGGGCCUUACUUCGACCUAGACAGGCAAGGAGGCCCGAACGCCAUUGACAGGACGGCGCGGACCGAUGGUUACUUUGGAAACCUCCGUCAGACAAACAACGGCAUGAUAGACACGACAUUCAUAGUACAAAACCUCAUGUUGACGGGCGAACGGGGACUCAUGGGACGGUCUGUUGUGCUAAAAGAGGGUCCAGACGACAUGGGCCGAGGGCAGACGCCGGAGAGUCUGCAGACCGGAAAUGCUGGUGCCCCGAUCGCUUGCUGCGUGAUAGGAUACGCAGACUCAUGGAACUGGAACCAUCCUAUACUCGUGAACGGUGAUUUCCCUAACCCGGUGGGUUUGGUCGGGUAGAUACCGCGGAAAUAAACCACCGGUUUUGGUGGCAUAUAUGCAGAAUCGCCUAGUUGGAACGCUAUAUGUUAUAGGUUCAAUUUCAAAUUGUAGAAAUCUGGUACUAUUGUUCUGGGCGGAUUUAAAUGUUUAAAUAUAUUUUGUUAUAGUUCGACUCAUUAUGAAUUGACAAUAUUUAUAUUGACUAGAACAUGUUAAGGAUGGCUAUGUUUACAGACAAAAAAUACAAUAAUUUAUAUGUGUCCAUAUGAUAAUGUUUUAACAAGUAAUUCCUAUCUUGUAAGUUACAUGUAUAUGUGCCUCAUUAUUCAUGAUUUUACAAAAAGACACAUCCUUUAAUGAUUAGCCAUAACAAAAUUGUCAGGACAUAUUUCAAGACAAAGAUAUUUUACCAAAGAUAAUAUUUUAUGUUACUUUUUGUCUACAAUCGGUUUGUAAACAUUUGACAUGUACAAAGUGGUUAAUGAAUCAUUACUCCCUAAAUUUAAAACAUUUUUUAAAAUAUCUGCACACAUUGCGUUUCUUUAUUUUUAAAUGUAAAUAAAUGUUACAAAUGUAUUACUUGUUUGAGCUUUAUGAACACUUUUAUAUAUUGAAUGACUUGCAAAUAAAAUUGCAUGGUAAAAUUUAAUGCUCAGAAGGGUACUAUUGGAAAAUCUGCAACAAGAACGAAGCAUUUAAGUUCGAAUUUUAAUCACUUUUCUGACAAUGAUAGUCCCAAAGCAACUAUUUAAACAGAUGCAUUUAACACCUUAAUUCACGUCAGUCAUCCAACAUUAACUUCUUAAAAAGUUUCACCUGUCCACUUUUCAUCAACAACUAAAAUCAGUCAAAAAUGACAUAAUUGAUGUAUCAAUAACAUAACAUAGUAGAGAAGUAUUCUUAGAGGAGGAUAUGAGAUAUGUGAUAAUGACUACAAAAACAUAAG